AUGAACUUUGGUAAUAGUUCUAAAAAUUCGUUUCCCUUUCCCCAGAAAACUCAGCAGCAGCAACGACCACCACCUCAAAUCCCAUUUCAACAGCAAAAUGCUUCGAGAAAUCAAAUUUCAUGGCAGCAACAAUCACAACAACAGCCAAAUCAACAGCAAACAUUCAGGAAUCAAUAUUCUUAUUCGUCGCAAUCUCAACCGAAACAGACGAAAAUAGAUUCAGAAAACUAUGCCAAACAGGAAGCCAAUUACAAUUCUUCGCAAGCACUUUCACGACCUUCUCGCUCUUACACAAGCCAGGAAACGGUGCCCCCCAUUUCUUAUGCAACAAUGAAUACAUAUUUGGGUUCUACAGUUCGCGUUGUUGGAAGAGUGCUGGGGGUUGAAUCAGGAACGGCGAAAUUACAAAUGUGUGAUGGAGGAGAAUUAGUUGUCAAGAUUACGAAUCCGCAAUACUACCAAUGUACAUUUGUAGAAGUCACCGGACGUCUCAACCGCGAUAACACCCUUCAAGAAUAUACAGUAAUCCAAUUUAAUGAUGAAUUUGAUAUGGAAUUUUAUAAUAAAGGACUGGAUAUUUCAAAAAAAUUUCCUGGCAUAUUUCAUGAAUCUGAUACAAAAGAUAUUAAAGGGUUCUAA